AUGUACACUGGGAAAGGCAACCGCAGGCCAGGCACAUCUCGGCCGUCUCUGGAAAUCAUUGUGCGGGCUAAGAACGCGAUAUUUAUUGUCCCCUUGCCAACUUCCGGGAAGAACCAUGGAGACAAUAAACGUCAACCGAGUCAUUCAAUGACGGCACCUGGGGUGUGGCAGCCAAGGUCAGGCAACAACAAGCGCGUCGGUCCAAUGGGACCAGACUCUUAUACAUUUUAUCACGAUCGCUACCUGCGUUCAGGCCUCCUGGUGCGCAGUCCUCGCGAAAUCCAUCCCCCUCCUUUGAAUUGCCAUUCCCCUGUUGAACAAAGGUUCCCGGACAGCGACCCUGCCAAAAAGGCAGCGCCAUCAAAUGCGCCACCGAAAAUUCUAGAACCCCCAAGCUGA